AGGCUGAGGGCCCCAAGACGAUUGAGGAGAUCCAUCGCGAGGAGGCCCUCAAGCGGAGCCGGAGUGCCAUGCUAGACCGGCAGCAGUCAGGUCGCGGCGAUUCCUUCCGCGGGCCACGCGGCGGACCCCCGCCAGGGCGGCCUCCCUUUGACAACCGCGUUGAUGCGCCAAUCCGGGCCAUGAACCGCGUCGGCUCCAACGAUUUCCUGGGGCCUGGCGGCCAGCAGAGCUUCCGACCAGGGGGCAGGCCUGGGCCGCAGCGCGGUGGCGACAGGGCGGGUUCUGCAGCUGCUGGACCCCAAGAACGGCAGUCUUCUGGGCGGCAGCAGGGGCCACCUGCGCCGCCUGCUCGUGGUGAGCGUGCGCCCGAGCCUGCUGCAGCGGCAGAGCCUGAGCCGGAGCCGGAGCCUGAGCCUGAGCCUGCAUCUGUGGACGGCCUGUCUGAGGACGAGGUGCGGACCAAGGCCAAGGCACUCUUGGCGGAGCUGUACAACACCAAGGACGUUAAGGAAGGCAUCAUCUGCAUCAAGGAGCUUGUGGAUCUGGGUGCGGAUGUGCCAUUGUUGUACGAGGUCAUGAUGACCACGAGCCUGGAGACCAAGGGCACUGACUGGGACAUGCUGGCGGCACUGCUGCGCAGCUGCGCGGAGGAAAGCGUGCUGCAGAGCGCUGAUUUGGAGCGUGGUGCGCGGCAGCUGCUGGACAACUUGGAUGAUCUAUCCGUCGAUGUGCCCAAGGCACCGGUGCAGGUUGGUGCCAUCUUGGGCGAACUGGUGGCAUCCGGCAGCGCCGACCUGCGUGCGCUUUUGGAACACAUUCGCACUGCAGACGCAAACCCCGAUGAAAUCCAGGACGGCGAGGAUACAAUGCUUGUGGGUGGUGGUGGCGCAGCCAAGACGGUGGGCAGCUUGCUGCAGAAGCUGGCGGAACUCAAGGGCGAGGAAGCGGCGCACGAGGCGUGGCAGGCCACUGGCGAGCAGCUAGCAGCCUUCCUGCCGCAGGCCGACCGCGAGGAUGAAGCUGCAGUCAAGAGCCUGGCAGAGAAGUUUGGCCUGCUGUCGAUAGCUUGCUGAGGGCCGACGCUGCCUCAUGCAAGCCCCGUUUAUUUCCCGCUGCUUCUUCCCUGCUCCUGUUGUCUCCUUGUCCGCUGGUUCCUCUCUCUGCACUCGGUGGUGUCAGCUUAAGACAGUGCUGCCCCGUCCCCUGUGUGUUUACAACUGCCAACUAGCUUCUGUUCCGCUUUCCUCGCCACUCUAUUUUACAGUUUUGGUGUUGGAUUUUCUUUGCCCGGACCAUCGGGCGCAUUGCCCUUCGACAUGUUGCCGAGCGCUCACAAGUUCUGCCCCAAGCUUUCUGACUUACAAUGGCUUGACGUUGGUGCCAGACAUGCAACCGAGAGCAAC